AUGGGAAUUGAUAUGGCUGGACAUGUGUAUUUAAAAGGAGAAGGAAAGGCUUGGAUUUGCCUAUAUACGUGUGCUGUGUAUAGAGCUGUGCAUUUUGAACUCAGUUCCUCACUGUCUACAGAGGCUUUUCUCCAGAGUUUCCGUCGGUUUAUAGCCCGCAGAGGCCGUCCUUCUGUAGUUUAUUGUGACAACGGAAGCAACUUUGUUGGAGCAUCAAAUUGUUUGAAACUCGUUGAUUGGAAUGUCGUUGCUCAAUACACCACCACUAAGAAAAUUCAAUGGUUUUUCAAUCCCCCAACUGCCUCUUCGUGGAGCGGUUUUUGGAAGCGAUUAGUUGGCUUGAUGAAACAAAUUCUUAGAAGAGUUUUAGGGAAAUCUCUGCUGUCUUUUGAAGAAAUGACAACGGUAUUGUGUGAUGCUGAAUUUGUUAUUAGCUCUCGUCCACUUACCUAUGUUUCAGAAAAUGAGUCUGAACUUGUUCCUUUAUCUCCUAACUCAUUUUUUGCAAGAUUUCCGAAAGUCAGGCGUUCAUUCCUGAUUUGGAUGAAGAUUGAUCAGCAUUCCCUCAACAAGAGAUUAAAAUAUCGUCAACAAUCUAAUCACGGAUAUACGAAAAAGAUUCAGAUCUGA